ACACCUGCGGAUCUGCCGCCUCCUUGUAAGGCGGAAACCAUUCCCGUCGGCUUUUCGAAUGUGCAGCUAGCGAAUAUGUCGAAACAGCGUGUUGUCUUAAAGGUGACAUUGUGCAUCACAUUUGCCACGUUUUGUGGAGCUGAUGACCUGAAGAACUUUCUCUUGAAUGCCAGUCGCUAUGACCCCAUGACUCGCCCCCUCUCGCCUGGCACCAACUUGACAGACAUACACACAACAAUCGCCAUCUUGGACAUGUUGGGAAUGGAGGACAAUAAAGACGUUGCCAGCGUACUCGCCGUACUUACCAUUAGGUGGAGAGAUGAGCUUCUAACAUGGAACCCGAACGACUACAAUGGUACCUCUCAUCUGCACCUGUCGCCGGAAACCAUCUGGGUGCCGGACAUACUUACGGAGACGCCCCAAAGUCACGGCCUGGGAAGUCAUGCGACUGUUGGCGUCACGUCUAGCGGAAACGCUACUCUCGUCACCCGCCGUACGCUCCAAGCAACGUGCGGCAGCCAAUUUUACACUUUCUGGUCAACGAGACACACCUGUCGCAUUAUGUUUAUGUCUGGAUUUCGGAGCUUUGACGCCAUGAGACUAGACGGCGCUUCAGUAACCAGCCAAUUCGGACGUACGCACUCAAGUUGGACAAUUUCGCCCGUUACCUUCCGGAAAGCGGGGGUUUCAGAAUUGGACUUUCUGUUCUUGAAAUUCUCCAUGGAGAGGAAGAAAUGGCCGACACUGUGGUACCCUGUGACAUCAUCGGUAAUCCUAACACUGGUCACGUUCUGGCUGCCUCCGACGUCGGGACGGAAAGUCACCCUAGGGUGCAUCAACUUGUUCCUCUUGGCUAUGCUUCUCUCUGAACUAGACUUUUAUUUUCGAGGUCAAAGCAACGUUCCUAGAGUUGUUGCGUUUCUCAGCCACAGCACAGCACUAACAACAGCAUCCCUCGUCGUCAGCGUCCUUAUCCUGAGGAUCGCUGGAGGACCCCAGGGUUGUUCGGUCCCGCGUCCGCUUCUCAACCUCUUACAAGGCAUUCUGGGUCGCCUCCUCUGCGUUUCCGUCCAAAGUCCCCGUCGCGUUUCGGACAUGGAACACCUUGCAGACGACACGCCGCCUUUCAUCAAGCACGAAGCCAGGCGACAACAGGAAUGGUUUACAGUGGCACAGGCCCUCGACAGGGCAUUCUUUUUUAUGUUUGCUAUAAGCUAUAUUGUUGCGAGAGCCCGGUCAUAAGUUUCCUAACUGUAAGCAAAGAGCACAUAGUGCGAAAGACAAGGCGACUUUGUAGAAGAAAUUAGUGUGUUGAACUGAACCAUGGCAAACUUUCAUGGACAGACCUCAAUUAGUACCUCGUUCUUCAACCACGUGGCGCCUAGAGUUGAGGCUACAGAAAAAUAGAGCGAAGGAUCCACCAUGGGACGAGUGAAUAAACAAAACACAGUUUUUA